AUGCCCGAGAAGAAGCUCACACCCAGCUUCAUGGUGAGGCGGAUGACUGCCCCCGAUCCGAACAAGAAGAAGGACGAGGGCAAUAAUAAGCAACAGGACAAGAAGGAGGACCAGAAGAAGGACGAGAAAAAGCCCAAGCUUGCCUUCCGCAUGGCAAACGAGCCGUCCCGCCAGAACGGACUAUGA